AUGAUUUUUUUUUGUGAUGAAAAUUCGGAUCAAGAAGAUUUGGAAUAUGUUGAUUCUGAUGAUAUUCCAUUAGAUGAAAGAUUGAAUCAAUUGUUAAAAAAUCUAACUUUCAAUGAAAACGCUAAUUUUGAACCAAUAAUUCAUACUUUCAACGAUCCUUAUUCAGGUUUACAAAAGGGUUGUGGAAUAGAUAAAAAUAGUUCUUCUAUUGAUAGUUUUAAAGCUUUCCUUAAAGAAGAAUUUGUAGACAUCAUUGCUUGUCAAAGUAAUUUGUAUAAGAAAAAUAAAUUAGCGGAUUUAAGAAAUGCUAAUAAGCUAAAGCAACAUUCAAGAAUCAACAAGUGCGAUUCAAUCACUAUGGAUGAACUGUACACUUUUCAAGCAUUGCUUAUACUGAUGGGGAUCGUAAAAAAGCCAGAAAUUAAGAUGUAUUGGUGUAAAGAUCCUAUGCUUGAAACGCCAUUUUUCUCAAAGUGUAUGACACUUGUACGAUUUCAGAAUAUACUUGCGAUGAUGCAUUUUUCGCCUGAAACAGAUUCACAAGAUAAGCUUUAUAAGAUAAGGCCAGUCGUUGAAUAUCUGAAAGAUCGCUUUCAAAGCAUUUACAGACCUGCCGAAAAUAUUUCUAUUGACGAGUCUCUGAUGAAAUGGCAAGGGAGGCUAAGUUUCAAACAAUUCAAUAGAAACAAACGAGCUCGUUUCGGAAUAAAAUUGUAUGAAACGUGUGAUUCAAAAAAUGGAUACGUAUAUAAUUUUAAGAUCUAUGUAGGCAAAGAUGAAAAUGAUUCAAACAAGAAAUCACUACUUGGCAUAUCCGGAAAUGUAGUGAUGGACCUGCUUUCCGAUUUAGGUGAACAAGGGCGUUCUUUAUACAUCGAUAAUUGGUAUAGUUCACCCUGGCUAUUCCUGACAUUGCAUAAUGCGAAAACCAAUGUUUGUGGAACUGUGCGACCAAACCGAGCAAAACUCCCAAAAGUAAAUAAAAAGGAAAUUAAAAAUGGCGAGAUGAAGGUGUUUAGCUCUCCGCGAAUGACAUAUAUGCUAUGGAAAGAUAAAAGAUUGGUGACUAUGCUUUCUACCAAACAUGCGCCUGAAAUGGUUGUAACUAAUAAAGUGGACUAUCAUACUAAGCAAAAAAAGCAGAAACCAAAUAUUGUAUUGGAAUAUAAUGAUAAUAUGGGCGGCGUUGAUUUAUCUGAUCAAUGCAUUACGCCAUAUGAAAUUCUAAGGAAAUCGCAAAAAUGGUACAUCAAAACUUUCUUUCAUUUACUUGACUUAGCCAUAUUCAAUGCUUGGGUUGUUUAUAAUACUGUUCACGCUGAUAAGAAACUGAAGUUUUUACAUUUUCGCAACCAACUAGCCAGAGAACUCCUUGAACACCACG